AUGAUCCGAAUUCCAGCAGUGACGGUCCACUCAAUUUCUGUAAUCCUUGAAGCUGCCGCUAAAAGCCACGGAUGGAACGGUUUGACAGGCGGGUUCUUCGGGUUUAAAAAGAAGAAGGCCGCGUCGCUCAGCAGCGCGAAUAGCGUCGGGAGCAAGCAAAUCAAGACGAACGCCGAAGGCGAGGGUGGUAAAGAACAGACGCUCAACACUCGCUAUUCACAGUACGUCAGGUGCACGGGGCCGAGGGCCCCGACUCCCGAAACAUUCGCCGACGCCCUCUUCAACGACAACUCCUCGUGGGCGGUGACGGACAGGGGCGGCAUCGAAGCGCUCGUGCCCGUCACGCGCGUGCUCGAAAACACGAUCGAUGUCUUGGAUGAUGAGGAUCCCGACAAGGCCUCUCUGCAGGUGAUUCAUCCACCGUACAGUAGUUGAGCCGGAGCUCUCAGCAGACCGUCGAAAACGUUUUGGCAUGGCGAAUGCAUGACACCCGCGCGAGAGCCGCCGUCCAUCCUCUAAACUCUCUCGCUCGUUCCCCCCUUGAUGCCUCUGUCCGCGCGCCCUCUACGCGAAGUCAUCGGUAAACUUAAUCACGGCCGCGUGGAGGAUUCGGGCGAAGCGUUGGGGUGACGUUCUCCUCGACGAGACCAACCCCAACAACGCGACUCCAUCAUUGUCUCGACCGCUGUGCAAGGAACGGGAGCGGCGUGACCUUGUCGUAUUUGCCCCUGGAGCAGGCCUACGAACGCCAAUCGUCAGCGCAGUAAUCUACCGAAGCACUUAUACUGUAGGGUAGGAAUUGCAAACGUGAAGCAGAACAGGAUAUACCACCACAUUUGUCAAUGCUUUCCGGUUGGGCGGGACAUUGGCCUUCGCAAGCAUGUGCUUCAUUAGGGGUGAUUCGGCCACACAAUGUGCACCCUGCGCCCUGAUGCACACAAGCAUCGAUGUGAAUCCUAGCGCGGUCGGAUUCCCGGCAACGCAGCCAAAGCUCACAGCUAUGGACCGACCCGCGGUAGUGAUGCUUCCAGGGCCAAUCAUCAAUCCACAAACGAUGGUGCGAUAGGUAAAGC